GAGGAGAGGAGAAAGAGAGAACGUGAGAGGACAAGGAGGAAAUGGUGUGAAAUGGUGACCAGAGGAAGGUGUGUCCUGAUGGUGCCACCCUGGUGUUUCUCUGUGGCCGUGCUGCUGCUGCCCGUGCUGGCCUGGCGUGCGCUGGCGUCGUGUCCGGCGCUGUGCUCCUGCAGCGAGAGCCACCGCGAGGUGGACUGCUCCUGGCGCGGCCUGCGCCUCCUGCCCGGCGGCCUGCAGCCCAACGUCCACUCCCUCAACCUCUCGCACAACCGGCUGAGCGACCUGGGCCGCGCGCUCGGCCCCUUCACCCACCUGCGCUCGCUGGACGUCUCGCACAACCGCCUGAGCCGGCUGCCCUCGGCGCUGCCCCGCUCCCUCUGGGAGCUCCGGGCGUCCGGCAACCGGCUGCGCCUGCUCCCCAAGAACGACACGGCGUACCACUGGAACCUGCGUCUGCUGGACCUGUCCGCCAACAAGCUGGAGCGCGUGGUCUUCAUCAACAACACCAUGCCCGCGCUGACCGCGCUGGACCUCAGCCGCAACCGCUUCUGGACCGUGCCCACCAACAUCCCGCGGCGGGCGGAGACGGUGGACCUGUCGCACAACACGCUGGUGCAGGUGCUGCCCGGCUCGCUGGACCAGCUGACGCACCUGCGCCGCCUCUACCUGCACGCCAACCGCUUCUCGGCGGUGGGCGAGGGCGCGUUCGAGCGGCUGGCGUCGCUGCGGCUGGUGACGCUGGGCGAGAACCCGUGGGCGUGCGACGAGCCGCGCAACAUCAGCUACCUGCUGUCCUGGCUGCGCCGGACCCACGCCAGCGUGCUGGGCUGCCCGUGCCACACCUGGCACACCUGCGGCGAGACGCACCUGGCCACCACCCGCGGCUGGCACUACGCCUCCUACACGCCCGCUCCCUACACGCCGGGCAUGGACGCCGACGGCAACCCCCCUCACGCCGCCGACCGCGACCGCUCCUCCUCCUCCGACCACCUCGGGCGCCAUCGCCACGGCAACCGCUACCCCUACCCGCCCAUGCGAGCGGUCACGGCCGGCUACUGGCCCGAGUCGGCGCUGCUGGACAUGCACCGGCCGCGCGAGACGCUGGCCAGCACGGCCGACUACCAGAGCCGCUGGCCGGCCGGCGGCUUCCUGGUGACCUCGGCGCCCUCGGGCCUCUCCACGCCGGACGAGGCCCACACCACGCCCAGGUACUUCACCGCCGCCGCCGACUACGACGACGACGACUCCACCGAGGCCGUCCUCACCACCAGCACACGGAAGACCACCACGCUCCGCACGCGCAGCGUCAACAAGAGCAACCGGGGAAAGGUCCACAACGCCGGCCGCCGACCACAAGCCUCGCUCUCCAGCGCGCUGACCGCUAUGGGCUCACUCCUACCCGUGUUGGCAAUGGGACUUUGAACGUGGG